AUGAUUAAAUCAAAUUUCCCAGCUGUUACCAUUGUGAUGGCGGCACCAUUAACUGAUCACUCUGCUGUUCUUACUUGUAUUAAUUUAAAGCAUAAAUCUGAUAUGCGAAUUACUUACUCAAAUAAAAUUCACAAAAUAAACUAUGAUUCUAUUAUUGAGGAGCUUAAAACAACAUAUUUUGAUAACAUAUUUAAAUCACAAGAUGCUAAUUGGUGCUCUGAGCAAUUGGUAUCAACUUUGAAAAUGUUGACUCAAAAACAUUCAUUAACAAUUCUAUCACCUAGAAAUAUACGUUGUAUUAAGCCGUGGAUCACACCGGGAUUAGUCCGUUGUAUUAGGACUCGUGAUCGUAUGAAUUUAAAGUGUAAAAAAGAACCACAAAAUGAAAUAAUUAAGAUAACAUAUGUAAGGUACAAAAAUUUUUGUAAUGAUCUAUUAAAACGUCUGAAAAGAAAUUAUGAAAGUAAUGAAUUGAAGAAAUAUGCUAAAGAUCCGAAGAAGAAGUGGAAAAUAAUUGAUUCUAUAGCAAACAGAAAUCAUAAAAUCAAUCCUGCUAAUGAGCUUCUUAAAAUAGCUAAUACUCCCGAGGCAGCUUUAGAUAAAAUAAAUGAUUUUUAUUCUGGAAUUGCAGCGGAACUGGCAAAUACAAUUCUAUCUCAAAAUAAUAACAUCCAUUCUUGCCAAUAUGAAACACAGUUCGUACCAACUAGCUCUAUGGCUCUUUUCGAAACAUCAAAUCAAGAAAUUAAUGCCACCUUAAUGAAUUUAAAAACUGAUAGCGCGCUUGGAUGGGAUGGAAUACCUACUAAAUUACUAAAACUUGCAAGAGACAUUAUAGUACCCAUACUGACACACAUCGUAAAUCUCUGCUUUCUUACGGGUGUUUUUCCUACAAUCUUUAAAAUAUCUAUUAUACAUCCUAUUUAUAAGACUGGGAACAAAAAUUGUGUCAGUAAUUAUCGUCCAAUUUCGGUACUUCCAGCACUUUCCAAAAUUAUAGAGAAGAUUAUUAACAAGAGGCUGAUAUCAUAUUUGGAAAAAGAAAACAUAUUAUCAGAUAACCAAUUUGGAUUUAGAGCAGGUAAAUCAACAGCACAUGCAGUAUCUAAUCUUGUAGAAUUUAUAGUGACUAAUAUAGAUAAAAAAACUAAAUGUGUAGGGGUGUUCUUAGAUCUUACAAAGGCUUUCGACACUGUUUGUAUUCCUAGACUGUUGGAAAAAAUGGAGCAAAUAGGUAUCCGUGGAACAGUGCUGCAACUAUUCACUGAUUAUUUGAGAAAUCGUUCUCAGAGGGUUACUAUAAAUGGUUCUUAUAGCAGUGACAAUGGUAUCAACUACGGAGUCCCCCAGGGAAGUGUCUUGGGGCCAACACUUUUCUUAAUUUACAUAAAUAAUUUAUGCAAUUUGCGGUUAAUAAAUUGCAAAAUAUUUACAUUUGCAGAUGAUACUGCUCUUGUUUUUCUUGGAGAAAAUUGGGAAAUCGCGAAAAUGCAUGCAGAAAAUGGAUUAAACAUCAUUUUUAAUUGGCUUAAUGAUAAUUUAUUGACACUUAAUACAGUUAAAACAAAAUAUUUACUUUUUACUAACUCAGAACGUAGUUUACCAUCAAGUUUCAACAUGCAAAUUCACACCAAUUCAUGUCUUUACGAAACUGAAAGGAAGAUCCAUUGCGAAUGUGAUACUUUAGAAAGAACCCAAACUAUAAAAUAUCUAGGAGUACUUUUAGAUGAAAAAUUAUCUUGGCGUCCUCAUAUUAGCCAUCUUAUAGAAAAAACAAGAAAACUUAUAUACAUAUUUAAGAAGUUAAGACAUACUGCUGAUCCUGAUUUGCUUAAGACUAUCUAUCUUGCACUUUCCCAGUCCAUCCUAAAUUACUGCAUUACAUCAUGGGGUGGAGCACGGAAAACAAUGUGGCGUGCUAACAGUUCGACAAUUAUUCAUUGU